UAUUGUUGUCUAUAAGAGGCAACUAUAACCACCGAUUUAAUCAUCAAAAACAAACAAUUUAUCAUAUUCAAUUUCCUAUAGCAAACUUUGAUACAUUUCUGUUCACAUUUCUCGAAAUGGCUGACGCUUUAAUUGGAAUCGUGAUUGAAAACCUCGGAUCUUUUGUUCGAGAGGAGAUUGCAUCCUUUUUGGGUGUUGGAGAAUUGACCCAGAAGCUAAAUGAAAACCUCACCACAAUCCGUGCUGUACUAAAAGAUGCUGAAAAGAAGCAGAUAACAAGCGAUGUUGUGCAAAAAUGGCUGCAGAAAUUGGGUGAUGCUGCUUAUGUACUUGAUGAUAUAUUGGAUGAAUGUUCAAUAACUUCAAAAGCACAUGAAGGCAACAAGUGCAUCACCCGUUUUCAUCCAAUGAAAAUUUUGGCUCGUCGCAACAUUGGAAAGAGGAUGAAGGAGGUUGCUAAAAGGAUUGAUGAUAUUGCUGAAGAAAGGAAAAAGUUUGGAUUUCAAUCAGUGGGAGUCACGGAGGAGCACCAACGAGGAGAUGAUGAAUGGAUCCUAACUACUUCUGCUGUCACCGAACCAAAAGUAUAUGGAAGAGACAAAGAUAAAGAACAGAUUGUAGAGUUUCUUCUAGGGCAUGCUAGUACCAGUGAAGAACUCUCUGUCUAUUCCAUUGUUGGUGUUGGCGGACAAGGAAAAACAACACUCGCUCAAGUGGUCUACAAUGAUGAAAGGGUAAAAACACAUUUUGACUUGAAAAUAUGGGUGUGUGUUUCGGAUGAUUUCAGUUUGAUGAAAAUUUUAGAGUCUAUCAUAGAAAACACCAUUGGAAAAAAUCUAGAACUCUUGUCUUUAGAGUCCUUGCGAAAAAAGGUUCAAGAAAUUUUGCAAAACCAAAGGUAUUUGCUUGUUCUUGAUGAUGUGUGGAGUGAUGACCAAGUGAAAUGGAAUACGUUCAAGUCAUUGUUGCCAAAUGGAAAGAAAGGUGCAUCAAUUUUGGUCACUACCAGACUUGACAUUGUUGCAUCCAUCAUGGGAACUUAUGUUCAUCAUUUAACACGGUUAUCUGAUGAUGACAUCUGGUCUUUGUUCAAACAACAAGCUUUUGGAGCAAAUAGAGAAGAGCGUGCAGAGCUUGUGGCAAUAGGCAAGAAGUUAGUGAGAAAAUGUGUGGGUUCACCUCUUGCUGCUAAAGUAUUGGGAAGCAGUUUGCGCUUUACAAGCGACGAACAUCAAUGGAUUUCUGUACUGGAAAGUGAAUUUUGGAAUUUACCUCAGGUUGAUCGUAUCAUGUCUGCUUUGACACUAAGCUACUUUAACUUGAAAUUGUCAUUGAGGCCAUGUUUUACUUUCUGCGCUGUUUUUCCUAAGGAUUUUGAAAUGGUGAAGGAACAUCUCAUUCAUCUUUGGAUGGCUAAUGGACUUGUUACAUCUAGAGGUAAUUUACAGAUGGAGCAUGUUGGUAAUGGGAUAUGGGAUGAAUUAUACCAAAGGUCAUUUUUUCAAGAAGUCAAAUCAGAUUUAGCAGGUAACAUUACAUUCAAAAUGCAUGAUUUAGUGCAUGAUUUAGCUAAGUCUGUUAUGGUAGAAGAAUGUGUGGCUUAUGAGGCUGAAAGCUUAACUAAUCUGUCAAGUAGAGUUCACCAUAUAAGUUGCUUUGUUUCUAAAACAAAAUUUGACUACAACAUGAUUCCUUUCAAAAAAGUUGAAUCCUUGCGAACCUUUCUUGAAUUUAAACCACCCACCACCAUAAAUUUAGAUGUGUUGCCAUCAAUCGUUCCUCUCCGAGCUUUACGUACAAGUUCUUGUCAAUUCUCUUCAUUGAAGAAUUUAAUACAUGUGAGGUACUUGGAACUUAACGAAUGUUAUAUCACAACCUUGCCUGCGUCUGUUUGUAGACUGCAGAAAUUGCAAACACUUAAACUUGAACAUUGCUAUUUUUUCUCUAGUUUUCCCAAACAAUUCAAAAAAUUGCAGGACCUUCGACAUCUCAUAAUUAAAGAUUGUCCAUCAUUGAAAUCAACUCCUUUUAGAAUUGGGGAGUUAUCUAGUCUGCAAACAUUGACCAAUUUCAUAGUUGAUUCAAAAACUGGGUUUGGUUUAGCAGAGCUACACAACUUACAAUUAGGAGGCAGGCUAUACAUCAAAGGCCUUGAGAAUGUGUUAAAUGAGGAGGAUGCUAGAAAAGCUAAUUUGAUUGGCAAGAAAGACUUAAAUCACCUAUAUUUGUCAUGGGGUGAUGCACAAGUUAGUGGAGUUCAUGCUGAGCGAGUACUUGAAGCUCUUGAGCCCCAUUCAGGACUUAAGCAUGUUGGGGUGGAUGGUUAUGGGGGAACAGAUUUUCCUCAUUGGAUGAAAAAUACUUCUAUUCUGAAAAAUCUAGUUCGUAUUAUUCUCUCUGACUGUAAAAACUGCAGGCAGCUUCCUUUAUUUGGUAAAUUACCAUGUUUAAAUAUUCUUUUUGUAUCUGGAAUGAAUGAUUUAAAGUACAUUGAUGAUGAUUUGUAUGAACCUGCGACCGAGAAGGCUUUUACGUCAUUGAAAGAUUUGACUCUGCAUGACCUACCAAAUUUAGAGAGGGUGUUGGAAGUUGAAGGAGUAGAGAUGCUACCACAACUUUUAGAGUUAGAUAUAAGAAAUGUUCCCAAACUUACAUUGCCACCCCUUCCAUCUGUUAAAUCACUUUGUGCUGAAGGAGGAAAUGAAGAGUUAUUGAAGUCUAUUGUUAACAACAGUAAUCUUAAAUCACUUUACAUAUUAAAAUUUGCCAGACUCAAGGAAUUACCUAGUACAUCUGAACUCGGCACUCUUAGUGCCUUAGAAUUUCUUGGAAUUCAAGGCUGUGAUGAAAUGGAGUCAUUAACAGAGCAGUUGUUGCAAGGUUUGAGUUCUCUUCGAACUUUGAUUGUUCGUUCUUGCUCUAGAUUUAAAUCCCUGUCUGACGGUAUGAGAUCACACCUAACUUGUCUUAAGACACUUAAUAUCAUCAACUGUCCACAGUUUGUUUUUCCACAUAACAUGAACGAUCUAACUUCUCUAUGGGUUCUGCAUGUCUACGGGGGUGAUGAAAAAAUAUUAGAAGGCUUAGAAGGCAUCCCCUCACUACAAAUUUUGUCUCUGACUAAUUUCCCUUCUCUAACAUCCUUGCCGGAUAGUUUGGGUGCCAUCACUUCUCUUCGGAGAUUAGGCAUUUCGGGAUUUCCAAAGUUAAGUUCACUACCAGACAACUUUCAGCAACUCCGAAACUUGCAAGAGUUAAGUAUUGAUUAUUGCCCUUUGUUGGAGAUGAGAUGCAAGAGAGGAAAAGGUGAAGAUUGGCAUAAGAUAGCUCACGUUCCUGAAUUUGAAUUGAAUUUCAAAUUGCAAUCUGAUGCAGAACCAACAAUUUGUGAGAAUAUUAUAUCAACAUGGAAGCAAUUCUUGCACCCUCCUCAAUCUUAUAUGUUCCCGCAUGAAUUUGAGCAGAUGAUUGACAAUUAUUAAGCACCGUAAUGGUAUUUAUUUGUUUGUUUAUUUAUUUUUUUAUAAUAAAGAUUCUCUGUUUAGUGGAAAAUGUUUAACAUUUUCGAUGGGAUUUUUGGUUGUUAUGGUAUUGUGUGUAUCUAUAUAUAUAUAUAGAGAGAGAGGGGGGAGAUACCAUUUUCAUCCUCAUGUAUGAGGCGUUGGCUUUGUCCUUUUCAAAAUAUUUCUUCUGUUUUUUUUUUUUGUUUCUUUCUUUUUUUUUAUAAGAGAUAUUUCAGCUGUUUUUUAUGUUGGUAAUUGUUGGAGUAUAUUCGAACACUAAAUUUUCUAUUUAAGAACAAUUUGAAGAUCAAAAUGAUGAAUAAAAAUGACAUUUAUGUUUGAAUUUUUAAUCUUAUUAGAUAGGUAUAAUAUUAGAUAGGUCUGCUAUAAUUUUUAUUUAUAAUCAUUUUUUUUUGGUACAAAUUUUUAUUCAUAAUCUAUAAGCAUAUUAUUAAAAUUUCAAAAACUUGUUCAUCGGUAUGCAAUUUCAAUACAUUCCACAACAGAUAUGCUAUAAUUGUUUUCAAAUUGUAAAUUUAAUCUAUAAGCAUAUUAUUAAAAUUUCAGAAACUUGUUCAUCUGUUCACACAUUACAUUACUAUCAUUUAUAUUAGCGUUAAUUGCAAAAUUCAAAAAAGAAAAUAUUAGCGAUAAUUGUUCUAAUUGACUCUGUAAUAUACGCAAUAUCUGAAAAAUGACUUUGUAAAAUAGAAAAUACAUAUUUUCACCCUAAACAUGCAUGUAAAAAUAAUGAAAAAAAUUCAACAUCUAGGUCGUUUUUCUGGACUUUGUGUAUAUUACAAGGUAAAAAAUAAUAAAACUCUCGAAUUAUAGAUUUAGAAUAUGUGCUUUUUAUUUUACAGAGUAAUUUUUCAGACUUCGCAUAUCUUACUUAUAGCCUGCAUUUUCGACAGGCUCAAUUAAUGCAAUCAAUAUUUGUUGAGCUUGGACUUUUCAGGAAUCAAAGUCUUUAUUUUCAACAUGGGGAUUUCAACAGAGUCUAGACUUAGACUUUGGAAGAUUCCAAAAGCUUCGAAGUUCGACAAGACGUGAGUCAGGAUGUAAUUUGGUCGAAGCCAAGGAGUUACUAUCGAAGAGAAGGAGUUUGAAUUCAAAAAGCAACGGUUUCCUUAGUGAAAGACGUGGGGGACAAGCGGUUUUCGAUGGAGGAAGUGUUGAUCGCGGCAAUUAGCCUUUUUCGGUCGUGUUUACUAUGUAUAAAUAGUAGUUUUCCAUAUGGAAAAUAAGUCGCAAAUCACUUAAAGAAAUUCUAAGCACUCGAAGUAUCGGUGUCUAGAGAAAAGAGUCAUACAAUAUGUAUGUAAUCUGAUUUGUCGAACCAUUUUUAUUUUAAUGCAAUGCAAUUUACCUUUUCCUUAA